GCGCGCACUCCCUCGCGGGCGAGCUACUUUCGGACAAGGAAAGUGAGGGCGGCCCCGGGUGACAGCGCGGCGGCGCCAGUCCCGGGAAGCCGCGUCUGUUCGCGUGUCGACCGUCGCGCUCCCAGAGGCGCACUGUCCAGACCCCGCCAUGGCUUCGACCACAACCUGCACCCGAUUCACCGACGAAUAUCAGCUCUUCGAGGAGCUCGGAAAGGGGGCAUUCUCAGUGGUGAGAAGAUGUAUGAAAAUCCCUACCGGACAAGAGUAUGCUGCCAAAAUUAUCAACACCAAAAAGCUUUCUGCUAGGGAUCACCAGAAACUGGAAAGGGAAGCUAGAAUCUGCCGUCUUCUGAAGCACCCAAAUAUUGUGAGACUUUAUGACAGUAUAUCUGAAGAGGGCUUCCAUUACUUGGUGUUUGACUUAGUUACUGGAGGUGAACUGUUUGAAGACAUAGUGGCAAGAGAAUAUUAUAGUGAAGCUGAUGCCAGUCAUUGUAUACAACAGAUUCUAGAGAGUGUUAAUCAUUGUCACCUAAAUGGCAUAGUUCACAGGGACCUGAAGCCUGAGAAUUUGCUUUUAGCUAGCAAAUCCAAAGGAGCAGCUGUGAAACUGGCAGACUUUGGCUUAGCCAUAGAAGUUCAAGGCGACCAGCAGGCGUGGUUUGGUUUUGCUGGCACACCUGGUUAUCUUUCUCCAGAAGUCCUGCGUAAAGAUCCUUAUGGAAAACCAGUGGAUAUGUGGGCAUGUGGUGUCAUCCUCUACAUCUUGCUGGUGGGGUACCCACCCUUCUGGGAUGAAGACCAGCAUAGACUGUAUCAACAGAUCAAGGCUGGAGCUUAUGAUUUUCCAUCACCAGAAUGGGACACAGUGACUCCUGAAGCCAAAGACCUCAUCAACAAAAUGCUUACCAUCAACCCUGCCAAACGCAUCACAGCCUCCGAGGCUCUAAAACACCCAUGGAUAUGUCAACGCUCUACUGUGGCUUCCAUGAUGCACAGGCAGGAGACUGUAGACUGCUUGAAGAAAUUCAAUGCUAGAAGGAAACUGAAGGGUGCCAUCUUGACAACUAUGCUGGCUACAAGAAAUUUUUCAGCAGCCAAGAGUUUGUUGAAGAAACCGGAUGGAGUAAAGAAAAGGAAGUCCAGUUCGAGUGUUCAGAUGAUGAUAAACAACAAAGCCAACGUGGUAACCAGCCCCAAAGAAAAUAUUCCUACCCCGGCGCUGGAGCCCCAAACUACUGUAAUCCACAACCCUGACGGAAACAAGGAGUCAACUGAGAGCUCGAACACCACGAUUGAGGAUGAAGAUGUGAAAGCUCGAAAGCAGGAGAUCAUCAAAGUUACUGAGCAACUGAUUGAAGCUAUCAACAAUGGGGACUUUGAAGCUUACACAAAAAUCUGUGAUCCAGGCCUCACUGCCUUUGAACCUGAAGCUCUGGGCAACUUAGUGGAAGGGAUGGACUUCCACAGAUUCUACUUUGAAAAUGCUUUGUCCAAAAGCAAUAAACCAAUCCACACUAUCAUCCUGAACCCUCAUGUGCACCUGGUGGGGGAUGAUGCAGCCUGCAUAGCAUACAUUCGGCUCACACAGUACAUGGAUGGCAGUGGAAUGCCAAAGACAAUGCAAUCGGAAGAGACUCGCGUGUGGCACCGCCGUGAUGGGAAGUGGCAGAAUGUUCACUUUCAUCGUUCGGGUUCACCAACAGUACCCAUCAAGCCACCCUGUAUUCCAAAUGGGAAAGAAAACUUCUCAGGAGGCACCUCUUUGUGGCAAAACAUCUGAAAACCAUUCACAUUUGGGUCUUCUAACUGUCAACAAUGCCACUUCUGCAUUCUGUUCUCAAGGCACCCGGAGGGUGAUCCUGGGACGUCCUCUCCUCCUCUUCAUGCAUGUUUCUGAGUGCAUGAAGUUGUGAAGGUUCUACAUGUAAUGCAUAUGUGACACAUCAUCUUAUCAUAUAUUCCUUCCUAUACAUUGUUUACACUCCAGCUACUGGAUGGGAUGAUCCAUGCAAACUUAUAUUACGGUUGGCAAACUAUAGAGGGAAGUCAGAAAAGAAAAUUACACAAUGUUCCAAGUUCAACUGAUCCAUCAGGUUUCUCUUUUAAUGCCAAGAUUUAGAAGAUUUCGUUAAAAUUAUUGUUCUCUGAAUAACCAUUUGUGAGAGAAAAGUAAAUCUUUUUAGAAUGUUGCCAUUAAUCUUUUGGGGCUUUUGUUGGGAUCUUGGGUUUGAUUUUUUGUUUGUUUGUUUUUAAGGCAUAAAUAUAUAUAUAUAUAUUUAUCUUCAGUUCCUAGUGUGAUCCUGGUAGAAAUGGAUGACUUUUCUCUGAAAGAGUUAGUGUUGUGUAAAUGGAAUGAUUAUGUGGGCAAAAUCCUGUGUGAUUGUAGGAGCAAGAAUCAGUUGCUAUUCUAUCAUCAAAGCCACAUUGAUUUGAGUCAAACUGUAUACUGGAAAAAUGUACAUCAUUUACAAGUUUGAUUGCUUUCAGAUAGGUACAG